CGCGUGCGCGUCGCCUCACGCGCGGAUCGCCAAAUUAGGCAACUUGUCGCGGCUGGUUUUUCGGAGCGAUCCGCAGCGCAGCCAUCUGCGCGGAGCACGUGGGCGUGCCGAGACGCGCGUGUUCGCGCUCUCCAUUUAAAUUUGACAUUUCGCGUACGACGUAAACAAUUCAAGAUAUAAGCAAAUGAUCAAAAUGACGUGCAUUUUAACGUUUGAAAUAUUUAAACAUUAGACGGAGAUGCAAAUACAAGUGUAAAUACGAGAUAAAAACAAUAGAUUUGAACAUGAUUAAUAUAACGAGAUUGACAUUAAGUCACAAUAAAAUUCAAGCCGUGCCACCGGGCCUCGCGAAUCUAGUUAAUCUAGAGAUACUAAAUCUGUUCAACAACCACAUCACCGAGCUGCCUAUCUCCCUGUCGCAAAUGCCGAAGUUGAGGAUCUUGAACGCAGGAAUGAACCGGUUAGACGUGCUUCCUCGUGGUUUCGGCGCAUUUCCGGUCCUCGAGGUGUUAGACCUGACGUACAAUAACUUGAGCGAAAAGAAUCUACCUGGCAAUUUCUUCAUGAUGGAGACCCUAAGAGCGCUCUAUCUAGCUGACAAUGAUUUCGAAUAUCUGCCGCCCGAAAUCGGCCAGUUGAAAAAUCUCCAAAUUCUCGUGUUGAGGGAGAACGAUCUGAUCGAGUUGCCGAAAGAGAUCGGAGAGUUGACUCGUCUCAGAGAGCUGCAUAUCCAGGGCAAUCGUUUGACGGUGUUGCCGCCCGAGAUAGGGAACUUGGAUCUAGUGAGUAACAAAGCGGUGUUCCGAAUGGAAUUCAAUCCGUGGGUUACCCCGAUCGGCGAUCAGCUGCAAGUGGGCAUAUCUCACGUCAUGGACUACAUUCGCUCGGAAACGUAUCGAUACGUUUACAAUCGACACCAAAGCGCCAAAGGUCCGCCGCCAGCCAUCGAAAACGAUAAAAGCAAGAAGAUUUCGCGUGCUCGCUGAUGUGCACUCGUAUGCGCAAUUUUGACCAAAAAUAUCGUUAUUUCUGACUAAUUUUGCACGGAGAUUAUUUUUAUAAGAAAUAUACUGCCAAUAAUCAUAUAUUUAUACUAAUUAACAAAUCCAGGAGCUAAAUGGUGCCUUUUAGAAAUAGAACUAAUUUACAGUAAGAAACGUAAUGCGUUUUAUGCAUUUUUUAAUUGUCUAUUGAUUUAAUAUGUAUGCCAAACAUAUAUUAUUGUAAUACAAAAAAUGUAUUUAUGUAAGAAAGAUUUUCUCA